UCACUAUAAAAGACUAUCAAACUCUUGCUUUACUUUAAACAUAUCUAAUACACACCUGCAGAUAUCGCAACCAAAAAAAAAAUGAAAUUCUUCAUUUUAAUCGUUUGUGCCUGUUUAAUUAUUGCAUCGGUUCAGUGUUUAACCGAAGAACAAAAAAAUAAAGUAAAAGGAUAUUUUAAAGAUUGCUUAGCUGCAACAGGUGCAAACGCGGAAGCAAUUCAAAAAAGUCGUCAAGGUGAAUUUGUAGAUGAUCCCAAAGUGGCCGAAUUCGUAUUUUGUUUCUUUAAAAAGGUUGGAUUUAUGAAUGAAAGUGGUGACUUGCAAGAAACUGUUAUAAAAGCAAAAAUAUCCGGGGAUUUAACAGCUGAAGAAAUAAAAACGGUCAUCGGUAAAUGCAACGGUCAAACUGGAAAAGACAAUAAUGAAAAAGCGUAUAACAUUUAUAAAUGUUAUUGGAACUCUACUCCGAAUCACAUUAGUUUAACAAGUUAAAGAGUAAAUCUAUAAAUAAAAAUCUGAUUAUUAUUAAAAUUGGCGUUUAUGAUAACCUUGAAGAAACCUUAUUAUUUAACCGGCUUAAGUUUAUAUAACUUAAGCAACCACUAAUGAUAUUGUAUUUUAUAAGAAAUAAAUACAGUAACAAAGGA